AUGCUCGUCGACACGCUGCCAGAGGAGUUUGUGCCUGCUGUGUACAGCGGCGAGGGCACGUCUGCAGAUGGCGGUCGCGGGACGGCACGGCGACUGGUCAUCAUCGGCGAUGUACACGGGCAGACCAAGGCGCUGGAAGACUUGCUCGAGAAGGUCCAGUUCAAUAACACAAAGGGCGACCACCUCAUCUUCACCGGCGAUCUCAUCAACAAGGGCCCUGACUCCGCCGGCGUCGUUGCCAUGGCUAUGAGGCUGGGCGCACACUCGGUCCGCGGCAACCACGAGGACCGCGUCCUCCUCGCCCACGCCGCCAUGAACAAAAAGUCCCCCGCCACCGCCGCCGACGCCCUGACCGCCCACCAGGUCGCCGAGGCUGCACUGUCCAAGGGUGACCAGCGGGACCGCGAGACCGCGCGGUCGUUAUCGGACGAGCAGAUCCGGUGGCUGGCCGAGCGCCCACUCAUCCUACACAUCGGGCCUAUCCCUCGCGGCGGCGGCGGCGGCGGCAACGGCCAACCCCCCACCUUUGAGAACAUGGUCGUGGUCCACGCCGGUCUGGUGCCCAACGUCUCGCUCGAGGCCCAGGACCCCUGGGCCGUCAUGAACAUGCGCACCAUCACGCUGCUCAAGAGGCGAAACAAGGACGAGAAGAAGAAGGAGAAGAAGAAGGCAGGGAAGAACAAGAAGGGCGAGGAGUCGGAGCCCAUCACGACGGUCGUGUAUGGCCAUGACGCCAAGUCUGGCCUGCAGGUUCCCAAGGAGUUUGGCAAGGGCAAGAGGGGGUACACGUUUGGUCUCGACUCGGGCUGCGUGUACGGGAAGAGCCUGACCGCCCUGGUGAUCGAGGUGAAAGAUGGCGCUGCUGUGUACGAGAUUGUACAGGUUGACUGUGAAGCGGCUGCGGCUGUGGACGCGGUAGCAAAGUGA